AUGACGUCGCCACCCGAGAUACCUUCACCCUCAACAGCUGCCGCCGCCGUCUCCCUUCUGCCCGAGGAGCCCCCGAUCAGGCGAACACGAACAGCUUCCAUUACGCAAUCGAUACUAGAUGCGAAUCCUCAUUACGGUGUAUUAGCCGCAGCCGGCGAAGCUGUUGCCCGCGCCCCUUCGCUGAAGGACUUGCGACGAAGCUCUAUCGGUAGCGGAAAUAGCCGGGGGAGGAGAAGUAGUGCGUCCGGUGCGGCGGGUCCGCGCGCUGAGGCAGGGUUGAGAGCCGCUGCGAUUGACGAGGAGGAAGCUGGGAGAAAGAGCCGGGAAAUUCCCCCAAUGAUGCGUGCGGCGGAUGGCAUCGAAGCAAAGGAGGAAGAUGGCCCGGGCGCCGAGAUGCUGGUGCAGGACGGUAUCGAGCUGGAGGAUGCCAAACAUGGUUGGUGGCAAACUACGUUAAACGGGCUGGAGGUCCUCUGGAGCUUUUUUAUAACACCAACGGUUCGUUUUCGCCCCCGUAAUCAUGUUCCAAAAGGUUUUCUUCCCAAUUCCUAACCCUCCUUAUAGGGCUUCUUCGUCACAAUUUACAUGCUCAACGUGGUUGCCUGGGGCGGGAUGCUAUUCUUACUCCUCUGUAACGCGGCACCGGCCAUGUGCGUCCCCGAUUGCAACGAUAUCAAUUCCCCCCGCCGCAUAUGGAUCGAAAUUGAUUCGCAAAUUCUCAAUGCGCUCUUCUGCGUGACAGGUUUCGGCCUCGUCCCUUGGCGGUUCAGGGAUUUAUAUUUCCUUCUCCGGUGGCGCCUCUUUUCCGAUAAGCACGCCUUACACAAAUUGGAGGUCAUCCACGGGGGCUGGUUUCGGGGUCCUAGUGGUGUGAAUACUACCCAUACCACCACCGGUCAAGUCGCACCUAUAACCAAAAGUUGGAAGAUGGAUUAUGUCGUUUGGCUUUACGCUUGGAACACCUUCUUCCAAUGUGUGCUGAGCGGCUUCAUGUGGGGAAUGAAUAGAUACAAUCGACCAAAUUGGAGCACCGGCCUAUUCGUCGCAUUGGCAUGCAUCGUUGCCGGGAUGGCCGGGGGUCAGGUGUGGUGGGAGACGAAGCAGGUAAAAGAGAUUGAAGGCGAGCGGAUUGUGGAAAGAGUGGAAAUUGAGGGCGGCAAAAGGGAGAAGGUCAAAGAUAAGGGCAGGAAGUUCUGGGCGAGAGAAGAGAGAGCUGUCGUUGUAGUAAAUAGGUUGACCGCUUAG